UGGUUUGUUACAUUGGGGGAAUGUAACAAAACUUGGAGAGUGGGAUGUGAGUUGUUCGCAAUAGCGACUGAGAGCAAGUAGGGAGGUUUGAGUCCCAUGCAGCCGGACCAUGACAGAAAACAGCGAGACGGAAAGCGAGCCUCAGAAAGCAGAACUGCAGCGGUCACCCGGCUCUGUGUGCAGCCACCAAGAAACCAAGCUUCAACGCUUGAAGAGGUCACUGUCCUUCAAGACAAUCCUCCGAAGUAAAAGUGUUGAGAAUUUCUUUCAGCGGUCGAACAGUGAAGUGAAAUUCCCAGCAGAGAUACUGCCACCUCCACCCACUCCACCACCAACACCACCCACUGGUUUCCUGCCAGAGGGGCCACCCAUCAAUGAACCACCAGCAAGGAAGUCCCAAGUCUCAUUACCUCUCAAACCAGUAAGGUCACACAACUUCCAAGAAUUUGUCUUCAAAAAGCCCACAUUUUGUGACAUCUGCCAUCACAUGAUUGUAGGGUAUUCUAAACGAGGAUGGCGUUGCAAACUCUGUAAAAUCAAUGCUCACCCACAAUGCGGAGAAAAUGCCUCUCAGCAGCAGUGCAUUGGAAAGCUGCCAAUGGGAUUCCGUCGAAAUUUCAGCUCUCCACUUCUCAUCCACGAACAAUAUGGAUUUGUUAAGGAAGCCAUGCCAAUCGCCACAAGCAGUAAAGUGGACCCAGUGUAUGAAGCACUCCGAUUUGGGACAUCUCUUGCCCAGAUGAGCCGGUCAAGUUUUGGCAGUUUCUCCGAAUCCCCGACAAAGCAUUUGGGUGAAAAUGGAGACAUCGCUGAGGAGCCAGAUGUUAGCACGAACCAUUCCAAAGAGAGUGAGACCCAGAAAGACACCACACCUUUGGAGAAUGGAAUAGUUGAAACAGAGGAAAAAAAAGACAACACAGUCCCCAUUCAGGUUAGGAAGCCCUCGAUGCGCAAGGAUAUGCUACAGAUGCAUACGUAUGUGGCUCUCUACAAGUUCAUCCCUCAGGAGCAGAAUGACCUGGAGCUGCAGCAAGGAGACAGAAUUGUGGUCACAGACGACUCCAAUGAGGAUUGGUGGAAGGGUAAAAUCGGUGAUAGAGUUGGCUUCUUCCCUGCCAAUUUCGUUCAACGCAUCCGACCUGGAGACAGAGUUUGGCAAUGCAACAGAACAUUCCAGGGCAGCAAAGAACAGGGUCAGUUGCCACUGAAAGAAUUACAGGUCUGUGUCGGACGAGGAGAGGAAACUAAUGGCUUUGUCAAGGUUUCCAGUGGGAAAAAGAGAGGAAUUGUGCCAGUGGAUGUUCUCAAGGAAAUUUGACUGACUUUUUAAAAAAGAAUUUCAAGCCUAAGGAUAGCCACGAUCACCUCUUUUAAACAGAAUUAUCACAGAUGAUUAUGUACUGAACACUUAUCAGCUGUAGGUCCAUGUCCUGUGCUGUCUGUUUGCUACCACACCACGUUGGAAUGAUGGCGGUUGAUAAGGUCCUGAGAUAAUACAAAAUGACACCCGGUCCAUAUCUCUGUCACUCCAUCUCUUGUCAUCAUGUUGACAAACGUGUAGAGUGGAGCUGAAUAUGCUCCUUGGUGUAUGUUCAAGCGACGAUCUGAAGACAUUUUGCACCAGCUUUCACUGUGUUGUUCAUCCUGUCUAUGUAUUUUUAAAGCACAAAUAUAGACCCCAAUUCUAAUUGC